UUUAUGAAAUCAAUGAACGAGUUAUUGGGUAGGACAUAAAUAUAAGGAAUCAAAGCCUCCACCGGGACCAGCGGCAUUGCGCGCUUUUUGAUAUGCGUCUUCGCCAAACGCUACAUGUGUUUUCACCUCAGUGUAAAUACUGGCUUUGAUAGGACGGGAGCGGAGUCAGCUCUGGCACAGCUUGGUCUCGGAACCCACAUUUUGAGCAAGACUUCCACCAGCUUUUUUUCUUUCUUUUUUUUCAGCCUAAAAACGUUUCUCUCCACCAUCGCCAUCUGCUGCCGUCUGUACCCGUCCCAACUCACUGGCCGGUCCGAAAGAUGGCAACUUUAACCAACGGGCAGGUGGACGGCACGGUGCACGGUGUCGGUGUGGUGUCCGCCAGCACGAACGGGCUCGUGAACGGAUUAAGCCACAGCCACAGCCCGGUGGGCUGCCCGGCUACCAUCCCCAUGAAGGACCACGAUGCCAUCAAACUCUUCAUCGGUCAGAUCCCCCGCAACCUGGACGAGAAGGACCUCCGGCCCCUCUUCGAGGAGUUCGGCAAGAUCUACGAGCUCACUGUGCUGAAGGACCGCUUCACGGGCAUGCACAAAGGCUGUGCCUUCCUCACCUACUGUGCCAGAGAGUCGGCCCUGAAAGCCCAGAAUGCAUUGCACGAGCAGAAGACCCUGCCAGGGAUGAACAGACCGAUCCAGGUGAAGCCAGCAGACAGUGAGAGUCGAGGAGAAGACAGAAAGCUCUUUGUCGGCAUGCUCAACAAGCAACAGUCAGAAGAUGACGUGCGGCGCCUCUUCGAGUCCUUCGGCAGCAUUGAGGAAUGCACCAUCCUCAGAGGUCCCGACGGAAACAGCAAAGGCUGUGCAUUUGUAAAAUACUCCUCUCACGCUGAAGCUCAGGCAGCCAUCAGUGCACUACACGGCAGCCAGACGAUGCCUGUGGGUGGAUGGGUGUGCGCACAGGGUGCCUCAUCCAGUCUGGUGGUGAAGUUCGCCGACACGGAUAAGGAGCGCACCAUCCGCCGCAUGCAGCAGAUGGCUGGUCAGAUGGGCAUCUUCAACCCUAUGGCCCUGCAGUUUGGAGCCUACGGAGCCUACGCUCAGGUGCAGCAGCAGGCGGCGUUGAUGGCGUCUGUGGGCCAAGGAGGUUACCUCAGUCCAAUGGCGGCUUUUGCUGCUGCCCAGAUGCAGCACAUGGCCACCAUCAAUGGCCUCCCAGGAGCACCGCUGACCCCCACGUCAGGUGGCAGCACUCCUCCAGGCAUCAGCGCCCCCACAGUGACCAGCAUCCCCUCCCCCAUUAGUGUAAAUGGUUUUACUGGUAUGCCGCCCCCGCAGGCAAACGGGCAGCCUCCUGCAGAGGCCGUCUUCACCAACGGGAUACACCAUUACCCUGUGUUGCAGGAGGUGGUUUUUAGGGAGGACUCGGAGAAAAACGGCUUGGGCGUGGCUCCGCGGAGUUGUUUUGGGGUUCAGGGUGGCUGCUUCCUCUCUUCUCUCUCUGAAGCUCAAAGUCCCACUGCAGCUGAUCCUCUCCAACAGGCUUACACAGGAGUCCAGCAGUAUGCAGCAGCCUACCCCGCUGCAUACGGCCAGAUCAGCCAAGCCUUCCCCCACCCUCCACCCAUCAUUCCACAGCAGCAACGAGAAGGACCAGAGGGUUGCAACCUGUUCAUCUACCACCUCCCUCAGGAGUUUGGGGAUGGAGAGCUGAUGCAGAUGUUCCUGCCUUUCGGUAAUGUCAUCUCCUCCAAAGUGUUUGUGGAUCGGGCGACAAACCAAAGUAAAUGCUUUGGAUUUGUGAGCUUCGACAACCCAGGCAGUGCUCAGGCUGCCAUCCAAUCAAUGAAUGGCUUCCAGAUCGGCAUGAAAAGACUCAAGGUGCAGCUCAAGAGGCCAAAGGACGCCAACCGCCCCUACUAGCCCCCGCCCCAGCCAGCCACCGCCACCCUGGCGGCCGGGGUAGCCGUCGCACACAGGGAAAGACAGGUUUUGUUGAGCUGAAUCAUAUGUUGACUUCUUGCUACCCGCCACUGAGUGCAAACUCAACAUCUGGACCACUGAGGCUGCUUCAGAAACAGAGGAGAGAGAGAGAGAGAGCGAUGACCGAGUCAAGGACACCUCCUUUUGGAUGUACUAAAACUUUGGAACUCAGAGAGAAUUUGUACCAGCCUGGUUAGCCCCAGGACCUUUUUCUUCUGCACACAUAUACACACCUCCUUCCCCACAAAACCCUGCUUGAAUGACAGCUACCUUUUCUGGACCACAAAAAAACUUUUACUUGAACAAUGAGAAAAACAAAGUAAAAGAAACUACUUACAAUGACCAACCCCGCCGAACUCUUAAAGGGAAUAUGGAUGUCAAAAGUCCAACAAGAACAAAACUUUUUAAAAACUGAAUAGAGGAUUGCCGUAGGAGAUCUUUCUGUAAGAUGGUUUGAGUUUGGGGCAAUUGACUUUUGAAGACCAAUUUAUAAGACUUGAAAACAAGAAGGGACAAGAAAUUCUCGAAGAGGGAACUUAAGUAGGGAAUGUGAUAUUUUCAGGACACAAAUUGGCUUCGAUUUGGGACGGCCAUCUUUAGCUCGGAGUGCCUGUCCGUUUCCAGGGGAUACCGUUGCCAAGGAGAGCCAUAGCAACGGUCUCCAGGAAGUCUUACCUGUCAUUCCUUAGUUGUUUUAGGGACCAAAAGACCAAACAUUUUUAUUGCUGAGGACUUGUAGCUCUAUUAUACUCGGACCACUGCAUCUCUUUCAGUCAGUGUUAACUGGUUGAGGGGUCGCACUUAAAAGAAGUGUACAUUUCGAAAUAUAUACAACACAUGUAUAUAUAUACAUAUAUAUUGCUGAUAUGCUUUUUGAAUACAGGCAAAACUAUUUCAGAUGACCAGAUGGGGUCUCUCACUUCGCUAGUUUACAAUUACUCAAAAUGUUUAUUUUUUUCUCUUCUCAUUUUGUCUUGGGAGGGAUGGCGAGUGCAUGGGAGGGGCUGCUCCGUAUCACAGCCUUAUCUUUUUUAACUUGACAUCCUAACCUCAUAGAUAGAAUAACAUCAGAAACGUUUGAAAUAUAUGAACUUGUUUAUAUUUGCAGUACAUAUAUAUGUAUAACAAGCAUUCAAGCAAAUGUAUUCAUAUAUACAGUAUAUAUGGAUAAAUAGAUAUUAAUCACAAACAAAUAUAUGUAUUUAUAUGCACAUAUUUUAUAUAUGUGUGUCUGUAUAUAGAACGGCUACUGACUAUGUUGAGCUGUAAUUUUUUGUAGAUUUUAGCUGGAGUUUGAAACAUUGCUCUGCUUGGGAAGAAUCGCAAAUCUGGCAGCUCCCAAAACUGCAGGCAUUCCUAUCUCUGAUUACCUAUAUGCCGACACACAAUAUAUUGCUAAAAGAUACAUGUGUGAGAAAAAGACACACAUACGGUGUAAAUAUUAUCUGAAAAAUGCAAAAAGCCACAUCUCAGUAGCAGGCUUUAAGAGAAUCAGGCUAAAAAUGAUUUUAGAGGAAAAGGACAAUUAUCUUCGACUCUAUUCCAAACAUAUCUUUUGAGCUUACACACACACACACACACACACACACACACACACACACACACACACACACACACACACAAACUUCUCUUUGAAACU